AUGGCAGGUAGCGGAGUGCGCACACAGCCUGCGGCCUCCACAUCGGGCUCAGCAUCGACCCGCUCGCCCGCGACCGACUAUGGAGCCUUUGUAUUGCAAAUACUCCCGUCCAUGACACGCGCCGCAGGGUCCAUAGACCAGCGACUGUUGCGUCAGUGCAUUGGGCUGUCUUCCUCCUAUUUGAUUACCGACACAACCAUGGACACGGAGCGGGGGUUGUCAAGCUGGCGCAUAGGAUUCGGCCGGCUGAUUGACCUGGUCGUCGCGUUGCAUAAGCGGGGGGAAUUGGAAUUGGACACGGUCAAUGAGGCGAGCAAGGCAUGUUCGGAAUGUUGGACGGUGGCAGGGCAAUGGCGGGAGAUGGAGGCUGGACGAGACAGUAUAAGGGACGUUGCAGCCCGUCUUAAAAGCCUGUUGGAUGAGAACGGGAAGACAUACCGGGGCGGUCGGGUGUAUGUGCCGUGA